AUGUCAUCUAAUCAGAGUUCAAAUCCUCCAGCCGAUCAUCUCCAAGCAAAUGGAUUUUUACAAGCUAGCAAUGUUUCUCAACUCCCUAAUGCCAGCAUGGAUAUAUCUCAAGGUCAUCAGCAGUGUGAUAUAGAUCAAAUUAACAAUUCAGGCCCUUUUGAAAAUUUCCCACAGCCAAAACCUAAAUCUCAAUCUCUAAAUCAGCCAUAUGAUUAUGAAAAUUUUCAAUUCCCCUCAUUUUCUCAAAAUCAGCCAAAGCCAAAUCCAUAUGAAGCUUAUGGCUUGCAAAUAAAUUAUUUACCUUCACCUGCACCAGUUAUAAAUGAUGAAGAGAAAAUUCAAUUGAAAAAGAUUUUAGAUGAUGCUAAAUCCCGAGGAAGCAAUUCUAGCGCCAAUUAA